UUUAACGAUGCACCCGACCAUCGCCGCUCGGCUCCUUCGGGUUCUGCUUCGCCUUCGGCUUCAGAGAAGAGGCGGUGGAGCGCGAUCGUGAGGCGAGAUGGUGCAACGCUUGACGUACAGGAAGCGGCAUGGCUACGCCACCAAGUCGAAUCAGACUAGGGUGGUCAAAACCCCAGGUGGGAAGCUUGUAUACCAGUACACGAACAAGAGAGCAAGCGGGCCGAUUUGCCCUGUGACCGGCAAGAGAAUCCAAGGGAUACCUCACUUAAGACCUGCUGAGUACAAGAGGUCUAGAUUGGCCAGAAGCCAGAGGACUGUGAAUCGUGCUUAUGGUGGCGUGCUAGCCGGAAGUGCUGUGAAGGAAAGGAUUAUUCGAGCCUUUUUAGUUGAAGAGCAGAAGAUUGUGAAGAAGGUUUUGAAGAUCCAGAAGGCCAAGGAGAAGCAAGCCUCGAAGAGUUAAAGGCAUGAUACCGGUGCGGAAGGGUGAUGUUCCAUAUUACUAUUGGUCUGUUCAUUAGAAUUGUUGGAACUGUCUGUUCCUUUUGUCUGCUUAGAUAUGGAUGUACUCUGUUUUUGAAUCAUAUUUCGUGAUGGUGGAUCAUUUUUUUUAAUAUCUUAUUUUGGAUAAAUUUGAUUAGUUUGAGA